CGAGACUCCCAAAAGUAAAAACCUCAGGCGGAAGAACAAGAACAAAAAUAAUUUGGUUGCUUCCAAAAUCUUCUCCAGCUGCUCAACUUCUGCUUGGAUUCAGAGCGAAUUCUUCAAUUAAUGGCGGAUUUGCAAGAUUCCACUCCUUCAACCUCGUCAACUUCAACCCCUAUUCGAUUCGAAGAAGCCGAAGAAGGAGAGCACGUUGAAUCCACAGAUUACUACUUCGAGAAGAUCGGCGAACCGGUUCCCGUGAAGCUCCAUGACUCCAUUUUUGAUUCGGAAAGUCCUCCAUCCCAGCCUCUUGCUGUGUCCGAGAGUUUCGGCCUCAUAUUCGUUGCCCAUUUGUCUGGGUUUUUUGUGGCGAGGACUGAGGAUGUAAUUGCUUCGGCUAAGGAGAUAAAAAACGGGGGAACUGGUUCUUCUGUCCAAGAUUUAAGCAUCAUGGAUGUUUCCGUCGGAAGAGUUCACAUUUUGGCACUUUCUGCUGAUAGCUCCACCAUUGCUGCCGUUGUAGCUGCCGACAUUCAUCUUUUUUCAGUUCACUCGCUGCUUGACAAGGCAGCAAAACCCUUUUAUUCUUGCUCAAUAACCGAUUCCAGUUGCAUAAAGGACUUCAAAUGGAUCAGAAAGUUGGAAAGUUCUUAUCUGGUUCUUUCAAAACACGGACAGUUAUAUCAAGGAUCGGCUAAUGGCACUCUUAAACAUGUAAUGCACGAUACUGAUGCUGUUGAAUGCAGUGUGAAAGGCAGAUUCAUUGCUGUGGCUAAAAAGGAUACUCUUACCAUUUUCUCAAGUAAAUUCAAAGAACGGCUGUCCAUGUCACUCUUGCCGAGUGACGCUGAUUCAAACUUUAUAGUGAAGGUUGACUGUAUCAAAUGGGUUCGUGCUGAUUGCAUCAUUCUAGGAUGCUUUGAAGUGACUGCUAUUGGUGAUGAAGAAAAUUACUUUGUCCAAGUUAUCAGAAGUAAAGAUGGAAAAAUCACUGAUGUUUCAUCAAAUAGAGUUUUGUUAUCGUUCCAAUAUAUACAUCCAGGUUUCACUCGGGAUAUUUUGCCUGUUGGAAGUGGGCCUUGUUUAUUCUCGAGCUAUUUGGGAAAAUGCAAGCUCGCAAUUGUUGCCAAUAGGAACAAUACAGAUCAGCAUAUUGUGUUGCUUGGUUGGUUGCCAGAGGUUGAGAACCAAGUUGCAGUUAUUGAUAUUGAAAGAGAUACAUCACUCCCAAGGAUUGAGCUUCAAGAGAAUGGUGAUGAUAAUUUGGUGAUGGGGCUAUGCAUCGAUCGAGUUUCUCUCCCUGCGAAGGUGAAAAUUCAGGUUGGAGUUGAAGACAUGAGAGAAGUAUCACCAUAUUGCAUUCUCUUGUGUCUUACUCUAGAGGGAAAGCUCGUUAUGUUUCAUUUAUCUAGCAUCAAUGAAACUGAAACUCCACAUGAGACUGUUUCUGCUUGUGAAGAUGAAGAGGAAGAUGAUACAAUAGUGCCUAUUGAUGACCAGCCCCAGGUCUCUUCUGAGUCAAGGAAAGAGUUGAGAGAAGCGAUGGUGGGUCAAAUGCAUGAUACAGAUAAAAUAACAACCAGUAGUGAGAUUCCUGAGGAAAAGAUUAAUAUUUCAAAUGACAUUAAGCCUUCUGAUAUUGAUCAGAGUCCAGUAUCUUACAUCGAUAAGAGUGCAAUCGUCAGCAGAGAGAGUAAUAGUAAAAGCGAGAAAGUAGGUUCUUUCAUUUAUUCACAACCAUUGAAGUCUUCUAUCUUGGAGAAGCCCAACAGUGAGAUCGGGAAUUUUGGUAAGCCUGUUCAAAAAUUUACUGGCCUCGGAUCUGUUGCUUUUUCUGGGCAAUCUGCUGAUGUGCCUAGCCAACCCUUUCUCAAUGCUAAAGAAUCAACGUUAAGAUUGGGGUCAACUGGCUUGCAGGAUGCUUCCGAGUUAUCCAGUGAUAGAGCAAUGUUUUUAAACAAAAUUGAUCCUGCAUCUUCUGUCUUACCGUUGAAUUCUCUUCAAAGCACCAAAACUGACAAUCUUGGACCGAGUUUUGGUGCAGCAAAUGCUUUCACAGCUUUUACUGGAAGAUCUUUUCAAACAAAGGAUGUUUCAAGUACACUAACUCAAAUUGGGAGACAAGUAACAGCAGGUGCUGGUAAAAUUGAAUCUUUGCCACCAAUGCGUAGCUCGCAAGUACCAUUGCAAGAUAACUUCUCGUUGGGGAAAACUUCUAAUGAGAAGCACAGUCGUUCAGAGCGAAAUUACAGCAAUGUCCCCCUAGCAAAACCAAUGAAAGAAAUGUGCGAUGGGUUGGACAUGCUUCUGGAAUCUAUAGAAGAACCGGGUGGGUUUUGGGAUGCCUGCACCGCUUCCCAGAAAAGCUCCAUUGAAGCUUUGGAGCUUGGCUUAGCAACUCUUUCAGAUCAAUGUCAAAUAUGGGGGCGCACAAUGAAUGAACGUGCACAAGAGAUACAGAAUCUCUUUGACAAAACAGUUAAUCAAGUUAUGCCUAAGAAAACAUACAUUGAAGGCAUUGUUAAGCAAGCUUCUCACAGCCACUAUUGGGAACACUGGGAUCGCCAAAGGUUAAGUUCUGAAUUGGAGCUAAAGCGACAACAUAUCUUAAAGACGAAUCAGAAUAUGACCAACCAGUUAAUUGAAUUAGAAAGACAUUUUAAUGGCCUUGAGCUUAAUAAGUUUGGUGGAAAUGAUGAAAGUCAAGUGAGUGAAAGAGCUCUUCAAAGGAAAUUUGGAUCAUCGAGGCAUAGUCAUUCCUUCCAUAGUUUGAAUAACAUAACGGGAUCUCAAUUAGCAGCAGCUCAGCUUCUUUCUGAAAGUCUAUCAAAACAAAUGGCUGCACUCAAUAUAGAAUCACCUUCUUCAAAAAGGCAGAGUGUCACGAAGGAAUUGUUUGAGACCAUUGGAAUUACUUACGAUGCUUCUUUCAGUUCUCCAAAUGUGAACAAAAUUGCAGAAACUUCUAGUAAGAAGCUUUUACUUUCUGCUGAUUCUUUUUCAAGUAAAGAUUCUUCAAGGAGAAAACUGCGGAGUGGGAUGAAAAAUUCUGAAGCAGAAACCGGGAGAAGGAGAAGAGAGUCACUUGACAGGAAUCUGGCUAGUGUUGAACCUCCAAAAACGACUGUUAAGAGGAUGCUUUUGGAAGGAAUACCCUUGGCCGAUGAGAAACAUUUUCGCUCUCCGACACCUGAAGGCACAGCGACAGUUACACGUCCAGCUAGUCGCAUAGCGUCUUCUAUGUUAUCAUCAUCAUCAAAAAAUGCAGAACACAGCUCUGAGAACCCAGCCACUCCUUUCAUGUGGUCUAGCCCCUCACAAUCAUCAAAUAUCUCCAGGCAGAAAUCCCAACCACUGAAAAAAACUAAUGCUACAGCGCCAUCUCCAUUGCCAGUAGUAUACCAAUCGUCUCAUGAAAUGCCGAAAAAAAGUAAUACUGAAGCUUACAGUGUGACUUCAGACAACAAAUUCACAGAGGCGACUUACCCUGAGAAGUCCAAAUCUUCUGAUUUCCUCUCACUCACUAGGAGCGACUCUGUCCAGAAAUCUAAUAUAAACCUCGAUCAGAAAUCAUCCAUCUUUAAGAUAUCGAAUAAUCAGAUGCCUACACUGAAAGAUUCCAUCAACACCUCAAAUUUGAACGGUCAGAAGACUGCCAAUGUAAAGGAGAGGCAUACACCUAAAAGUUCACUUUUUGAAUCUGCAAAUAAGCCUGAAUCUGCAUUUGUUGGUACAGCGUCAACUCCGGUUCCGACUGUUCUUGGAGCGAGAAAGACUGAAGAGAAAACUUCACUGACAGCAUUUUCGCCAUCAGUUCCAGCACCAGCACUGUUGAAUACUCCUUCAAGUGCAUCGACUUUGUUUUCAGGAUUUUCAGUCACCAAAUCUCUUACAAAUUCUACCGCCCAUGUAGAUCUCAAUAAACCACUGUCAACAUUCACACAAUCAAACUUCUCCUCUCCAGCUGUUUCUGUAUCUGAUUCCCUAUUUCAGGCACCUAAGAUGGUGUCACCGUCACCUACUACAUUGGAGUCGAAAAAAGAACUGCCCGGUCCAAAGUCAGAUGCAGAUACUCCAAAGCCAGCACCAGAUUCAAAGCCUCCGGAGUCCCAUGAACUGAAGCUUCAACCUUCUGUUACACCUGCUGAUAAAAAUCAUGUAGAGCCAACUUCUGGAAGUCAGACAGUUCCAAAAGACGUGGGAGGUCUUGUUCCGAAUGUACUGCAACAGUCAUCUGCUGCUUUUGUUCCAUUACCUACACUAAACUUAACUUCUAAGAGUUCUACUAAUGGUAAAAAUGAAACUUCCGAUGCUGCGCUUACUCAGGACGACGAUAUGGAUGAGGAGGCUCCAGAGACGAAUAACGUCGAGUUUAGUUUGAGCAGCUUGGGAGGAUUUGGAAACAGCUCUACCCCAAUUUCAAGUGCUCCUAAAUCAAACCCUUUUGGUGGUCCAUUUGGUAAUGUUAAUGCAACUUCAAUGAACUCUUCCUUUACUAUGGCAUCUCCUCCAAGUGGAGAAUUGUUUCGGCCUGCAUCAUUUAGCUUCCAAUCUCCCCUGGCUUCACAAGCAGCAUCACAGCCCACAAAUUCAGUUGCAUUCUCGGGUGGCUUUGGCUCUGGAAUGGCUACUCAGCCUCAAACCUCGUCUCAAGGUGGGUUUGGUCAGCCUGCCCAGAUCGGAGUUGGGCAGCAAGCUCUGGGAACUGUUCUUGGUGCAUUUGGCCGAUCAAGACAGCUUGGUCCUAGUCUCCCUGGGACUGCUUCGGGAUCCCCUAGCGGUUUUAGUGGUGGCUUUACUGGUGUGAAACCUAUUGGUGGUUUUGCUGGUGUUGGUUCGGGUAGCGGUGGGGGUUUCGGUGGUGUUGGCUCGGUUAGCGGUGGUGGUUUCGGUGGUGUUGGUUCGGGUAGCGGGGGUGGUUUUGGUGCUGUUGGUUCAAGUAGUGGGGGUGGUUUUGGUGCUGUUGGUUCAGGCAACGGGGGUGGUUUCAGUGGUGUUGGUGCGGGUGGCGGGGGUGGUUUUGGUGGUGUGGCCCCAGCUGGUGGUGGAUUUGCUGCUGCUUCCCCUGCAACAGGUGGUUUUGCCGGUGCUGCAGGUGGAGGUUUUCCAGCUGCAGGGGGAUUCGGGGCGUUCGGCAGCCAGCAAGGGAGCGGCGGUUUCUCUGCUUUUGGUGGCGCUGCUGGUGGAACAGGAGGAACUGGAAAACCACCUGAGCUCUUCACCCAGAUUAGAAAGUAAAGUUUCCAUAUUCAUUAUUGACAAACUCCAGAGGUGACCUUUAAAUCUUCACUGAUUCAACAAAUGGUUUAAAUCGACAUAUGUAUAUUAAAUUUUGCUCAACUUAAAAGUAGAAAAUGAAGAUAUGUAUUUUAGCAUAUUAUUACAACAUUUCAAUGAUGUAUGGUUAGGAAAUAUUUCAGGGAAGAGAGAAUUCAAAAGAAGAAAAAAAAAAGAAUCCUUGUGGGAAAAAAGAGUUGUUUGCAGUUAAUCGGCAAUGUAAAUUUGCAAUUUUCUUUCCCAUUGGUAUGGGCUACAGGGUUCUUGACUUUUACAUUAUUUAUUUAUGCAUGUAAAUUUUUAUUUUCUGUUCUC